AUGGACGAUGACAAUACUUUGUUCGACAUGCUUGAUGAGAUGCAGCAAUCAGCCUGGGUCUCCGAAGAUGACGAUGAAGAUCCACAAAGCUCUGCAUUUGGCUGCGUUCAUCGAACUUACCUUGAUCGUAUUGAUGAACAAGAUAAAAGGUGCCCACCGGAUCAAAGAAAACUGCAUCCACGUGACGCAUCAGAAAUGGCGAGGCAUCAGGCUUACCGCUACGAUGUGUCCGGAGGAUGCCGCUCUGAUGCCAAGCAAUCGUCGUACCAGAAGCCAAUACACCAGGCUAAAGAUCGAUCGUUAGCACAAGUGUCUACGCCAGCCGUUGAAUGUUCAGCCAACGACGGUUUCCUAGAUGAACCACAAUCUCUCGCUGAACUUUACUGCGAAUUUGCCCCGCACUCUGGACCUGAACCGUUAAGAGCCAGUCCGGAAACAGUGCUAACCAAGCCGUUUUCGACUCCGAAGUUGCUAGAGUGUCUAUCAACCCGCGUGUUACCUGAUCGCCUCCGAUCAGUAUUCCCCUAUCCAAAUUUCAACGCGAUGCAAACGAAGUGCUUCCCAGAAGUCUUCCAAGGGAAUGAUAACUUCGUCCUAUCGUCGCCUACUGGUAGUGGCAAGACGGUGAUUUUUGAGCUAGCAAUAUGUCGAGUAGUUUCUGUUUUCCCAGCUGGUCAAUUCAAGAUUAUCUAUCAAGCACCAACAAAGUCUCUCUGCUCUGAACGACGACGUGAUUGGCAGAAAAAGUUUUCGACGCUUCAGAUUGAAUGUGCAGAACUGACAGGCGAUACUGACCCGGCUCAAAUGCGAAGUGUCCAAAGUGCAUCAAUUAUUAUAACAACGCCAGAGAAAUGGGAUAGCGUCACCAGAAAGUGGAAAGACCAUCAGAAACUUAUGAACAUGAUCAAACUCUUCUUAAUCGACGAGGUGCACAUGUUACAUGACGAGCGUGGUGCGACGCUAGAGGCCGUGGUGUCCCGUAUGAAGUCCGUGCAGUCAGACGUUCGCUUUAUUGCCUUGUCAGCAACCGUUCCAAAUCUGAAUGAUAUUGCAAGAUGGCUCGGCCGCAACUUCAAAGACCAAGACACACCAGCGAGGCGAGAGCAUUUUGGAGAAGAAUAUCGGCCAGUCCAACUGCAAAAACAUGUGAACGGUUAUUACCACGAAGGGAACGAUUUCUCCUUUGAAAAGUUGCUUGAUACGAGACUGAAAGAAGUAAUCGCGAAGUUCUCUCACAAAAAACCAAUUAUAGUGUUCUGCUUCACACGAAGAUCUUGUGAGACCACUGCACGUUUGCUGGCCAACUGGUGGUCUUCUGAAGACUCCAAGAACAGACACUGGCCGGCUCCACGGAUGAUUGCUUCUGUCGAGGACAAAGGUCUUGCUCAAUGUGCUCGAUCAGCAGUGGCUUGGCAUCAUGCCGGCCUUUUAUUUCGCGAUCGUAUUGCCGUCGAACAAGGCUUUGUAGAUGGAAACAUCAAUGUGAUAUGUUGCACCAGUACUCUUGCAGUCGGGGUUAAUUUGCCAUGCCAUAUGGUCAUUAUCAAAAACACGGUCACUUACGCGAACAGUGAAGGUAUAAAGGAGUACAGCGACCUUGAAAUUAUGCAGAUGCUGGGUCGUGCUGGAAGGCCACAGUAUGAUACAAAUGCUGUGGCAGUAAUAAUGACGAGACAAGAGAAAGUCGGGCGCUACAAGAAAAUGGUAUCAGGAGAACAGGUCUUAGAAAGUUGUCUCCACGAACAUCUGAUUGAUCACAUCAACGCAGAAAUAGGGUUGGGGACUGUGAAUAGUUUAGCGUCAGCAAAGAGAUGGCUCAGCAGCACUUUUCUCUACGUACGACUUGGGAAGAAUCCGGGCCGCUAUCGCCUUGACGGUGGUGACGAGAUCGGCGACAUCGAUGCCCGACUUGAAAAUAUCUGUCAGAGAGAUAUCAAUACUCUACGCGAACAUGGUUUUGUUAAGGGAGAAGACAAGCUAGAAUCGACAGACCUUGGCGAGGCCAUGGCUCGCUAUUGCGUGCAUUUUGAAACUGCAAAGGUCUUUUCGAACCUUCCAAGAGGAUCUAAGCUAUCAGAUAUUCUCUCCGCUCUCGCUAUGGCCUCAGAGUGGAAGGAUUUACGCUUUCGAGGCACGGAAAAAAGCAGCUACAAGGAAAUGAAUAAGUCUCCGCAGAUCCGCUUUCCAAUUCCCGUGAACCUGGAUUCACCAGCUCACAAGGUCUCCUUGAUAAUCCAGUCACAUCUAGGCGGGGUAAGCUUACCAACAGAUGAGAAAAAUGUAGGGAACGGCUAUCAAUAUCAAAGCGAUACUUAUUUCGUCUUUCAGCAUAUUCGUCGACUCAUUCGUUGUAUCAUUGAUUUCAAAGUAGCAGAUCGAGACUCAGUUUCUCUUCGCAAUGCUCUAUUCAUUUGCCGAAGUAUUGGGGCUCGUUGCUGGGAUGAUUCACCGCUACAGAUGAAGCAGCUUGAAAAGAUAGGAGUCGCUGGGGUACGAAAGCUUGUUGCUGCCGGUAUCGAAAGCAUCGAAGCCCUUGAAGCGGUUGAAGCUCAUCGUAUAGAGUCAAUCUUGCAACGAAACCCACCUUUUGGGCACCAGGUUCUGGAUUCUGCUAGGGCUUUUCCAAAGCUGAGGAUAUCUCUCAACGUUGCCGGCAAGCCUACUGUAAAAGCAGGAUAUGGAGCUAAAGUAAGUAUCGAUGCUGAGAUAGGUUUCCUCAAUGAAACGCCUCCUAGCGUAUUUCAUAAUCAUCCGAUAUUUCUUGUCUUCCUAGCAGAAACCUCCGAUGGCAAAAGUGUUCAUUUUGCGCGAGCAAGUGCGAAGAAAGUCGGCAAAGGUCAGCUAAUCAAGUUCGCUGUUAACUUAACGAGUCCUGCCCAAGCUAUUAAUUGCUAUGUGAUGUGCGAGGAAAUUGCGGGUACUUGUACUUGUGCCACUAUUAACCCGACGAUUCCAUCAGUCGCCUGGCCCUCUGAUAGGGUUAUCACAAACAUAGUGGCUCGACCGCAGGGCUCCAAAAAUGUCAUGAACACAUCUAGGCGCCGCAGCAGCACACCACGAGCUCCCGAGCCUUUCACAAAACCCAUUGCAGACGAGUUUGGCGACGAACUCUUGGAUGAAGAUGAUCUUAUCGCCGUCCUCUAUGGGACCAGUGCUACAGAGUAUCAGCAUAUCGACUCCUUCAUUCUACCUCAAACCGCGAAGCCUAGCGCGAACAGCCAAACCGAUACUAACUCACUUGUCCGGGAAAAUAAGGCUGAUCCCCAAGCUCAAAAGCAAGAGUGGAAACCCAUCCAGCUCCGAAAUGGAAAAUGGGAAUGCAACCACCGCUGUAAAGACAAGCAAGGAUGCAAGCACUUCUGUUGCAAUCACGGUCUAGACAAGCCACCAAAGGCACCUAAAAUCGCGUCUUUGAGCACUGAGGAUGGUGGCGUUGCCACUUCAGCCUUGCAUGCAAAAUUACAAAUGCAAAAGGGGCAAACUACACUCGAUCUGAGGCCUCCUCGAAAGCCUGUCGUUCGUCCCUCGGCGGAUCAUGCGGUUGAGCCUUUAAAUUUUCGAAGAGAAUCUAGCAAAUCUUGGUUAACGUCCCCAGAGGCUGGUGAAUCAAAUGGCCUUGAUGUUUAUCCCAGUUACACUCAGCGCGGAGACGAAUUUUCACUUUCUCAGUUCAAAAAACAGCUUGACUCGCCUGGUUCCAUUAGAGGCUCUGUCCCCUUCCAACCGGUCGUUUUCCAAUACGUUGAAGAGACAAAGCAGAAUCCGAAUGGCAACGAGAUUACCUCUUCGGAUCCUGUACCAUCAAAAGAGCUAUCCCAGCCUCGCACUCGCUAUGAUGAAGACAUCGCUCUCGUUGAAGAAUUGACCGGUGGCCCCGUAGCACGUCAGACAUUAAAGCCGUUUAAUGAUAACAGCGACAGCAUAAUCGAGCGGACUUUCGCAGAAGUGGCCGACGCCGAAGCCAUGCGACAGCGGCUCGUCGAUAAUCCCGCUGGGAAAGAUAUUGACGAUAAGUACAAGAUUACAGAGUUGGUAGAAGCCCCUAACGUAUACGUCGGUCUGCCACUCGAAUGGGCAAAUUUUACAAGCUCGCAUUGGGAAAAAGGUCAAGAAUUAAGUGCGCUCAACAAAGCAUUCAUUGCAGACGUACAAUUGAGCGAGCCUGCCCAGCGUGCUCGAAAAAUAGUCGAAUCAGGGAGGAACGUGCCAAUGCCUACCAUUGGGGUUAGUUCUGCCUGGAGCCGCAAGCGACGAGUUGCAGGAGACCACGAUGCUAGUGAUUAUGAUCAAUCGUUGGCGAAACGGCGGCAUGUCUCGGAGGUUGAGCGUACAAGUACACAGAGAGCAUCAGAAAAUCCUGAGCCACUGGCCGAACAAUCAGACAGUACAUCAGGUGAUAUCGAUCCCACGAUCCUACAAAUGUAUGGCCCGUUCGUGGAUUUUGUUUGA